UGAAGGCACUUUGGGAGACACGCAGUGUGAGAGGUUGGAAUAAGAGUUGUUUCAGUUCUGAGGCUGCUGAAAGUUGUCAAAGAAACAAACUGCUGCAGUCACUCUGGGACACUGUGGGAUGUGGAAAAAAACAGGCUGAAGGAGGCAGAUUCAGAUGCUCUUCUGUUGCUUGCUUGGGGCUGAAGGAGCUGAAUGUGAACUGCAAACUGACCAAGAAUAAAACUGAACAGGACUGCUUUUUUAAAAAAUAAUAAUAAUAAUAUUAUGGGCAGCCUUCAGUUGGAUGAUUUUGUAGCUGGAUGGGUAGGAGGAGCUGCUGCUGUAAUUGUGGGACAUCCUCUGGAUACAGUAAAGACUCGCUUACAAGCUGGACAAGGCUAUGGAAACACAUUUAAAUGUGUUCUCACUGUCUACAGGAAUGAAGCUGUGGCUGGGUUCUUCAAGGGAAUGUCUUUCCCACUAGUUAGCAUUGCUGUCUACAACUCGGUGGUAUUUGGUGUCUUUAGCAAUACUCAAAGGCUCAUUAGCCAACAGCGCUAUGGGAAUCCUAACCAUGCUCCAUCACUUGCGGACUUGGCUUUAGCAAGCAUGGCAGCAGGGGCUGUUUCAGUUGGAAUUGGUGGUCCAGUUGAUCUGAUAAAGAUAAGGCUGCAGAUGCAGACACAAACAUUUAUUGCAGCAGCCAACCUAAACCUGAAGCACAGAGCGGCUGGCUUUUCAGUAGAGACUGCCUACAGAGGUCCAGUUCACUGUGUUGGCAUGAUCCUUCGGCAGGAAGGUUUAGGGGGAUUAUACCGUGGUUCUUCUGCCAUGAUUCUGAGGGAUAUUCCAGGAUAUUGCUUCUACUUCAUCCCUUACACCUUACUUUGUGGCUGGAUCACUCCAGACGGAUGCCUUUCUCCGAGUCCCUUUUCUGUGUGGAUGGCUGGUGGCAUUGCAGGAGCAAUAUCUUGGGGAACAGCCACUCCUAUGGAUGUUGUCAAGAGUCGCCUUCAAGCUGACGGGGUUUAUUUGAACAAAUACAGAGGAGUCAUUGACUGUAUCUCCCAAAGUUACCACAGUGAAGGUCUAAAAGUCUUUUGCAGGGGCUUUACAGUGAAUGCAGUGCGAGGAUUCCCAAUGAGUGCUGCCAUGUUUCUUGGAUAUGAACUUUCACUCAAAGCUCUAAGAGAACAAGCAGAAGCAAAUCCUUGAAUUCCAGGGAACUUCUGUACUUGGCCAUUGCUUUCACUUCCUGAGCCAAAUCAACUGCACAGCCUUGAUCAGAAGCUUGACUUUACCAACAUGGAACACGAAGUGAAGAAAUUUCAUCAGAGAAUGUUCUGUUCACGAUGAGUGAUUUUUGAUAUGGUACAUGGACUGAAGAGUUUCGAGGAUGGAUCAGCUGAAUUCUCAUUCAAAUCCUCUCUCUUCUAAAAUGUUUUGUUCUAAAGACAAAAGCAAUUUUAACGUGUGCAUGGUUGUCUGGCAAUGAUAAAAGCAUUUAUUGGUGAAGUAAGAGUGCAACGUGUUCUGCUGGGAAACGACCACAGAUGUCACUUUCUAGCACCAUACGUAAGUAGUUACGGUAAUUGUGGUCUUUGAAGAAUCAAAGAAAAUAUAUUCCCGUGUACUCAAACUGUCUUCCCAUUUGUUGCCACGUGACUAGAUACUCUAUCCAUUGUAAGACAAGAAAGAAUGUAUUAACCUCAUGAAGAGUUUAAGCAUUUAUGUAGCAAAUUUACACUUUUGAUUCUUUCCCCCCAUCCCAAAUGUAAUUCAGUGUGAUAAAAUUAUUUGUACUGUCCCGUGAUGUUGCACUCUGACAUUUUAUCUUAUGGAGCAUGGUUCGUUGCACCAAAUGAGAUUCCAAAUGUAAGAUCAAGUAAAUCAGGUGGAAUCACUGUAUAUCUGCAAUCCAUUUGGCACUGCUGUGGGUAUCUGACUCCUAGUUAGCUCCUGUUAGUAAAUGGAUGGCAAAGGAGUAGUGCAUGCAGAAUAAGGCUAGGCUGCUGUUUUCAGAAUUUCCCCUAGUUAGCACUUGUUAGCCAUGUAAAAGUUAGUUUCUCAAUUAGCAGACCCCAGUCUUAGACAUUAUUUCUCAAUUCAGGAUGUAAGAAAUAAAUGAAUGCAUCAGUUUAGUUGUGACAGGUAUCUGAUGAGAAAAUAUAGGAGAGGAUAAAGGUUAUAUGGGUGCAUCUCAGAGACUAGGGAAUUUGAACAAAUAGGAAGGGAUAGUGAAGGAGUAGAAGAAAUAAAACCUGCAUGAUCCUUUUGCUUUACCAAAAUAGCUAUUCUCUUGGACCAUUUAUCUGUCAAGAAUGGCAGUACAGUACUUCUGUUCUAUUUGCCCAGCAGGACCCAGAGGAUGCUUAUUGUGGAUUAUUAACACUGUCACCAUGUAACUUAGUAUGAACAUACUGGUUAAGAACAUCUAAUCUGGGACUCACAUAACCUGAUGGAUCCUGUCUUCCUACAUCAUCCCAUGCUACACUUGUGGUUGGGAAAUCUGGCAUGGAUCAGUGCACCAGAUUAGGACAGUGAUACCCAAGAACACGGGACGUACCACUGUUCCCCCUAACCUACCCCUUUGAUUCACUUUCCUACUGAGGUGAGGAGGACUUUGCUUGACUGGUUUUGCCAAAGGAAUCGUUUAUUUAUAAUUUUAGUGAGCUCUUAAAUUAUAUUUUAACAGACCUGGGCUGGUUAAUUUUAGUGGGAUGCAUUUUGUGUUUGAUGUGAACUGCUUUGUACAUUUAGGAACCAGACUUUAAAGUGUUUUAAUUAAAAAGGGGUUGUAUCCAAUGUGAAUCAUACUAAGACCAGACCCACUGAAAUUAAUGGGCAAGAUAAACUUAGGUUCCUUCAUUUCAAUGACUCAAGAGUAUAAUUUAGCUUGAUACAACUCAAGGAAUACAGCCAAAUGUUGGAAGGCUCAGGACAUACGAAAUUAACUACGCAUUGUGUGAGGAAGUAGUUUAAUUUAUGGUAUUUUGGGUUUAAAUGGAGAUUAGACAAAUUCAUAGUAUUGAUGGUUACUCAUCAUAAUGGCUAUACUGUAUUGAGUAUAAUAUCAGAAGCAGCAAAUCCCUGAAUGCCAGAUGCUGGGAAGCACACAACACUCACAUCAUGCUCAUGGGCUUCCCAUAAGCCUCUGGUUGCUCACUGUGAGAACAAGAAGCUGGAUUAGUUGUGCCUUUGAGCCUAUCCAUCUGGACUCUUCUUAUACCCAUCUUCUGAAUUUCUAGAUAAUAAGUACUUAGAGUCAUUAAGGAUAGGUCCAUAUCUCAGGAACCCUGCCUUACAAUGGCUCAGGCCCAUUCACCCACCUAGCUCAGUAUUGUCUAUGCUUGUUGGCAGCAGUUCUCCAGGGUUUCAGUUUUUCCUAGCCCUACCUGGUGAUGCCAGAUAUUGAACAUGGGACCAUCUGCAUGGGUUCCACCAAUGAGCUGCAGCUCUCCCCUCUUCCAUUUCAUUUCCCCCUAAGCCCACUUCAAAACCACUCAUCAGCAUUCUUGGUAGAGUUAGAUAAGAGAGGCAACCCUUGUGCAUAGAUGGCAAAUAGGUUUCUGUAGAAUUCAGGCAAAUGUCUUUCUCCCACCCUGUCAUGAGAUUCCAGGUGAGUUGGGACCCUCCACCUACAAGCACUGAGAGCCAGAUUUUCUUUUUACUGACUUCCAAGUUAUCCUAAGAUCUGAUGUUCUCCAAGACGGGCCUGCCAAUUUUUCAAAGAAAAAAGUGUAAACAUUAAUCCAAAACUGAAAGCAGUGUUGGUUCACUGAAGAUGCAAUCUUUAACUGUUCUUCUAUAAGCUUACCCAUCAACUGAUGGUCAGCGCCAGUGUAAACUGAAUUUCAGAAUACAACACUUCCAAAAGGGAAAUCUUUAACUCGUUGUAUGUUUAUUUUUAUCCGUCAUUUGGAGGAGGAGGAAAAUAGGAGAACAAAUGACUUUUGCAAGGGGUUAUUGACCUUUCAUAUUUCUCCUGUAGCUUGUAUAUAUGCACAGAGGGAAUUCAUAUUGUGUGGAACAUGAGACAUGGUAUAUCCUCAAGUUGUCCAUUACAAAUCAUGGAUAUUGUAAGGGGGAGGGUUUAUAGAGAACCCCCCCCCCUCAUCCGAAGCAGCACGUCUCCCAGCAGUCAUGAGAGCAAAGGGUCUGAUGGAGGGAGUCAGGAAACGGAAAGGGAGUGCCAGGGCUCUGGCAACAUCCAAGAGCCCCUCCUCCAUAGGCAGGGAGAGAGGGAGGCGGAAAGAGAGGACAGGAAUCGGUCAGACCGAAGACCCGCCCCCCCAAUGCCGGAAUUGAGGAGGAGGAGGAAAGGGAGGCGCUUCUCAGUUCUGAGGCUUUUAUGUUGGUCAAGAACGCGAAGGGGGGCAGUGCAGGAAUCUGACUCGAGUGAGUAGACAUGAAACCAGCAGUUCGUUACACUGCAAAUAAUGUGCACUAAUAAAAACGUCUGAAAGACAAGCAUGUGGAAGGUCGUUACUCAAGAGUAGUCACAACAACCCUGACAGAUAUAAUGGCUGUUUUAGGAAUAAGUGACGGGAAGAGGGAGGCCAUUUUAGUGAUCAGUGGAAGUCAAAUACCUUCCAGGUGCCAUAUGGCAUAUAUGCAUACUUAUAUGCCUGGGAUAUAUCCCAAAAUAUGCCAGGGAACUACUUUUUGUAAUAACAAAAAUGUAAAAAACCAAACAAAAAACAGUAUUAUUGUGUUGUAACAUUACAGGUUUUUACCAUUAUGGAAAUUAGCUCCCUGCCUCAUGAAUGCCUCCACUGAAGAGCCUUCCAAAAGCAGGCUGCAAACCAAGAACACUCUCACCCAGCCACACAUUUGGUGAUGCCCUCAGAUGGUGUGAUGCUUGCAGCACUCUGUGGGUGGUAGGAGGCCAAUAUAGCUAGGAGAGCUGGCCAGAGGGACACCUCCGCCCAAACCCACACCCACCAAGUGCAAGGUGGGGGCUGGAUUGCUCUGUUACUCAGAGUACUGCAGGCAUUCGUGAAGAUAGACCUACCCUAUCUUUUUAAUUAUUUCAACUUGACACUGUGGUGAGUUCCCGAAUAUAACAAUAUAAGAUAUAUCCUCCUUAUCUUCAUGCGUUUUGUGCUAGUCCUACUCAGAGUAGAUCCACGGAAGUAAAUAGAUAAAUUAACGUCUGUUUAUUAAUUUCAGUGGGUUUAUUCUGAGUAGAAUCUUGGAGUACAAGCCUGCUGUCAGAAGAAUUUCAGUACUUAUAUUGAUAUGUUGCUUCACAGUUCUUACAAACAAUUGCUAGUCACAUCUACAGAGUGGGAAUUUGCUAUUAAUUUUUGUUUCUAAUUGAGAUUUAUACCACACACUGUGAGAAAAUUACUAGGGCUUGGUAUGUAUUGGUCAUUGUAAUUGUCCUACAAAUAAAGAAUUAUGUUUUUGU